UCCAAGAGGAACGCACCCUCUGGGCCAUGCCCCACAGACCCUGAGUGGGCACUGCGCAGGCUCGGGAGGGCUAGCACUGCCCCACCCUUGCCGCCCCCAGUCAUGGGCAGCUUCCAGCUGGAAGACUUCCUGGCAGGCUGGAUCGGGGGUGCAGCCAGCGUUGUCGUCGGCCACCCUCUGGACACAGUCAAGACCCGCCUGCAGGCUGGUAUGGGCUACAAGAACACCCUCCACUGCAUCCGCACCGUAUACAGCAGGGAGAGUGUGUCCGGCUUCUUCAAGGGCAUGUCCUUUCCCCUGGUCAGCAUCACCGUCUACAACUCGGUAGUGUUUGGGGUCUUCAGUAACACACAGAGGUUCCUGGGCCAGCUCCGCUGUAGGGAGCCUGGGAGCAGCCCUCCCCGCAGCCUGUCUGAUCUGCUGCUGGCCAGCAUGGCAGCCGGCGUGGUCUCCGUAGGGCUGGGCGGGCCUGUGGACCUCAUCAAGAUCCGGCUGCAGAUGCAAACACAGCCACUGCGGGAAGCCACUCUCAGGGUGAGGUCCAGGGUAGUGGCCCCUGGGCAGCAACUGGCCUACCAGGGCCCUGUGCACUGCAUCUCCACCAUCGUGCGUACUGAGGGCCUGGCGGGGCUCUACCGGGGGUCCAGUGCCAUGCUGCUCAGGGACGUCCCUGGCUACUGCUUCUACUUUGUCCCCUACGUGUUCCUGAGCGAGUGGAUCUCUUCUGAGCCCCAUGCGAACCCCAGCCCUUAUGCCGUAUGGCUGGCGGGUGGCAUGGCAGGAGCCAUUUCUUGGGGGACAGCAACUCCCAUGGACGUCGUGAAAAGCCGACUCCAAGCGGACGGCGUUCAUUUCAACAAGUACAAAGGUGUCCUGGACUGCAUCUGUCAGAGUUACCAGCAGGAGGGACUGAGAGUGUUUUUCAGGGGCAUCACUGUGAAUGCUGUGCGCGGGUUCCCCACCAGUGCAGCCAUGUUCCUUGGCUACGAACUCUCGCUGCAGGCCCUCCGCGGGGACCACGCUGUGACCAGCCCGUGAGCACCAGGGCUGGUGUCGCCUGACUGGGACCUCAUUCCACAACAACUCGAUGCCUCAGAAGCUGUGGAGGGAAAGAGGGGCUCCCCAGCCCUGGGCUCUGCCAGUUGUGUGGUUUCUGGGCCACCUUCCCCACCAUUACAA